AUGAAGGGCACCGACACAACCUCGGCAGCGGCGGCCACCGCCCAAGGGGGUGACUGCGGACGCCAUCACCGCCAUGAUGGCGCUGUUCCACGCCGCACCGACGUGGCGCAGCACACGUGCUUCUACUUUACUGUGUUCUUUAGCAACAACCCGCCCAUCUUUCACUCGAACCGCAUUCCGCCGGAGAGGCUCGGCAUAAGGGCAGUGGUGUCCUCCACCACAGCGCGGGAGGAGGUGCGGCAGGUGGCGAGACCAACGUCGUCCGUCUCUCUGUCCGCGGCGGCGGAUGGGUCGACAAGCAGCGCGUCGCCGUCUUCCCCUUCCUCACCAUGCAUCGGUUGCCAGCAGCGGUACUGGAAGACCGUGUUCGGGGAGCCCGAAGCGGACCGCGCCACACGUCCUGGCAUGGUACACCCCUACGCAAACGGCCUCUACAUCACUGGGGCAGAGGCAGAGGCGGAUCGAGACGGCGCCGCUGCUCUUGUUGGGGACUACCGCAGCGCCACCGCAACGGUGGAGGAGGUGCCACAGCAAACCUUACAGAAUGUGGCAUUCCCUACGGCGUUCGGCAGCUGUGGCGGGGCAUGUAUGUUGCCAGUCCGCACUUGUGGCCGUCGCACACGAAGUGCGUCCGCGGUGCUGUCGCCGAAGAUGUCUCUGCCGGCAGCUGCAGUCUCGCCACAGGCGUCACCACGAAAACAGCAGCUUCCACCGCCGCAGUUUCCGAGCGCAGCGGCCACCAAAAUUGUGAUGGCAGCCGAUCCUGAAAUGUCGACGCAGGAGGCAAGCGGCGGGUGCGCACAGACGCUCGCCAUAUCCACAGCGGUGACGCACAAGGCCCUUGACCUCUUCUCCUCGACAGCGUACAGCCUUCCCCUCCGCUGCACCGCCGCGCCGGCAACGGACGCAUCGCCCACCGAAACGGUGGCUGAGGCUCUGACCAUACCAGAUGACUUCAAACCCACGCUCCCCGCUAUCAAGUGUGAGGACGAGGGCAAUGUAGCGGUGGACAGUGGCCACAACCAGGGUACCGCGGACAGUACCAUCGCUGCGGAGUCUCGAAAGCAGCUCGGCCAAAGACGUACACGACUCCCGCGGUGGCACAUCGACACUGAUGCGACUGUCAACAUCGCUCGGGGUGAGGCGCCACCGCCACCGCAACAACGGUCGACACCUACUGCAGCUCCAGCUGCUGCGCCCAGCGCCUCGCCCACCACACCGGCACCCGCGACGCUUGGGACUAGCACCCCCAUCGACAGCAUUGCACUGCACCCCGUCGCUUACACGUCAGCCGGUCUGCGCACCAACAUCAAUGACACUGGUUCCGCUGCUCUGGCAGCUAGCGCACCGAUUCGGGAGGGGCCGCCGUGGAACAUGAGGGUGGAAGAAGUGCGUUCCGCCAAGGGCGAGCUCCGUUACUACCGCAUCAUCCUCACAGCCUCCUUCGCAGCACUGGUGACGACGCACAUUGGCUUAAUGCACUCCAUGCAGACACGCAACGCGGCCACGGCGCUGGUCGUCCUAUGCCCCCCAUGCGGCCUGCAUUUCCGUUUCCUCCUGCAUCACGCGGACGUCCUUCGUAGUGUGCUGAACCGCACCACCGAGUUUGCCAUUCGCACUGUGCAACGCUUUUUCUGCCUCCUCUACUCGCCCACGCAGAAGCCGAAAGGCUCGCAGCAGCAGGUGCUGAAGGGCAUUGCUGCGCUACUGGAGGCACACCCAGAGGGGCUUGAGACGUACCGCGCCGUGAAGAUGGAGCUGACGAACGCGCUGUGCCUUCGCUUUCCUCUCCCGAUGCUGGCGCCUACGACGUCGGCGUGGGUGGUGCCGGUGCUGAUGCGGUCGUCCCUCCUCAACGUGCGAACGCGCUCGUGCACAAAGCGGGUGUCGGCAAAGUCACUUGGGUGGCCGAGUGACGCGUCGUCGAGGUUGGCGAGUGGGCGGAGCGCAGACGACGCAUCUGCUUCGGUAGGGAAACGGAUCAGCGUCAGUGCGCAGCCUUCUGGCUCUGCUUGCUCAUCACCUGUGCUCUUGGAUGAUAUCCUGCACGAGGCCGCUUCCUUCGUGCGCGAGUACAGCGAGGACUUUGCGAGCGCCUUUAUCUGCGGACUUUUGUCCUUGACGGAAGGUGCAGUCGGCAGUGCAGGUCUGCGUUCACGACGCAGGGUAAGCAACAACGCCAGCAUCCCUGCCGGUGCGACGGCGACGGCGUCAGUCGUGAACAGUCUAACCAGUCCCGACGUAAGCGGCGUGCCUCCGUUGCCGAGCUGCGCGCAGAACGACUCGUCGCCGAUCGCAGCACAUGAGCCGUCGCUGUAUUUUUCGGGCAGCAGCUACACCGCCGCUGCCGGGUCGAGAGGUGCGCCAGCAUGGUUGUCUCCGUACGCGGCCUACUGGAACUCGAUCGCGGACAAGUGCGGCCCACUGUACAGCGGUGACGACGGCCUCAUCGACUUUGGCAAACCGGCCCCAAUCACAGUAGAAGGCUAUGACCGCGCAAGCAGCAGCAGCUGCAGCGUACAGCACGUAGACGCCAACGCGGCGCUGAUGGCGCACAUAUCGGCGGCUAGCAAGAUUACUGCAGAGACACCGGUCGUCAGUCCUCUGAGGAUCGAUGCGGCGUGUGCAGCAGCGAUGUCGUCCUACAGCCCGAAACUCCAUUGCCUUUCUGAAGAGAACGGGACAGAGACGGCGGCAAACCCCGUGGCGCACCUUCCUCCUGCAGGGGGUGGCACCACUGCUGUGCCACCGACCUCCAAGGCAUCGUCAUUGUUGAUGGUCUCCGAUGAGGCCUUCUUCACCCCCGGCGCCCACACAGUUAUGGCUCUUGGUAGUGUCGCGAGUAGCGACACUGUCGCCACGCGUUCACGCAGCGAGGAAAACAGCCCACAUUCGUCGGUGGCACCUCGCACUGCAGCGGCCCCAGAUGCAGCACCGCCAGCUGCUGCAGCUACACCGCGUCUUCCGCCGAAAACGGCAGGCAGCAGCACCACACCAUCCACUGCUAAGGAGGACGAGUACUUGCUUCACGGCGGCCGACUGAGUCGUGUGGUUAUCUUCACCCGGGACGCUGUCCUGGCUCGUCAGCUGCUCGUUAUCGCAGCGUUCCUGUGGCGCGGUUAUGGCUGCGGUGCUGCGACAGGUGGAUGCUUAGCGGCGCGAUCUGGUGCACCAGGCAGAGCCGGCGCCAGUGGGCAGCAACGUGUAGCCCGCAGCGCCGCCGAAGACGUUGCGCUCCGUAACCAGGAGGCACAGCACAUGUACGAGACAGCGGUGGCCGCUGCCGUGGCCUCGGCUGAAUACGCUAAUGUACCGGUGCAGUGGGUUGCGGAGGAGUUCAGCGAAGCCUGCCUCAGCACCCUAUGCUCCCGCUUUAGCUCAGAAAACGCGCUGCUGGUGGUGGUGCCGCGUCAGCUGCAGUGCCGCCGUAUGUAUCUGCGCAAGUACGUGACAGGCACCACCGUGCUGGUAGAGGAGCACAGCGGAAAAGGCGCAAGGAUCUGCACCACACCUUUCCCCUUCCGCUGCUCCAUCUCGAAGCAGGUGGUCGUGCAGCCGGACCCGACCGUGACGACUUUGUUGCGAGAGGCGUGCAGUCUGCAUCAGUGCAGCCACGGCACCGUGCGCUUCGCCGAUGUGUUCCAGCGCAUGGUUGAGUGGCUCCACUGGCAGUCGGCGGCGGCGGUGCUUUCGGGGACGGCCGCCGCCGUGCGAGCCGCGUCCGCUACCAAUACGGCGAAUGGCUCGUCGCUCACGCGGCUCUUCAGCUUCGAUGCGGUGUGGCCGUCCUCUGAUGUCUCCAUCUGCUCCGCCUCUGCUUCUUCCGGAGCGCGGGAGAAUAACAAGAGCAGCUACAUAACGACUCCGGUGGCCACGUCGCCGGACAUGCGGCUCACACGCAGCACGAACAAGUCAGCCUCCUCGCCAAUGUACCACUGCGAUUUCUCGUGGGAGCCCGAGUCAGCGGAGGAGAACCUGUUGCCUGGCAGCAUGGGCGGCGCAGGCGUGUUGUCGUGCAGCGCAAGCGCAAGCGCGAGUGCUACCGGCGGCGCCACUGCGACCGCGAAAGCCGCAGCCUUACGCGCCGGGGCGAUGCCCGCAACAUCGAAGCUGCUUGUCUCCCAUGGACUUGUCCAGCCGCCAUCUGCCUUCACCUCCGCCUCGCAUGUGGUCGCGAGCCCCGUGAAGAGGGCCUCCUUCAGACUUUUUCAGUGGCUUCGGUUAAGCCCAACGUCGUCUUGGGCUACGGCCACGCGCAGCCACCCCGUCCUGUCGCCGGCCACGCUUGGCCGAAUGCAAAGCGUCCAUGGCGUUGUAGGGGGGCAGCGGUCACGCCUUCUCGCCGGGGAUGACGACGAGGAGGGCGUUCUCACGUAG